AAGUCAAGCUUACGAUUGUAAAGUAAUUGGGAACCGUUAAAACAUGUUUGGAACUAAUUGAAUACUUUUUUUCAUAACCGUUUAAGAGAGUUGUAAAGUAAAUUGUUUAGGUAGUUUAUAAGGUCUGAAAUAAUUUUUUAAACUACACAUUGCUAAGUCAUUUCCCAUCAUGGAUGCAUUGAGCUGUAAUUUAUACAACAUGGAACUUGUCGAACUUGUCGAAAACAUCGAAUCAAUGGAACUGAUGUCAUCGCAACAUGAUGAAGAACUUUACGAGCUCUGUGAUAAAAUGGAACAAACACAAGUCGAAACAACUAUUCAGAAAGGAGAAGGCAGCAGGAAGAGAUCAGCGUCGACGUUACUGAGUGGAGAGGAAAUAAAGAGGAAGAAAAAGCUUCACCUUGUAGCCCCAUCGACAUUAUCAUCAUCAACAAAAAAUACUGUAAGUACAGAAUUUGAUGAUAAAAUUGAAUGUCCUCAAUGUCAAGUACAUGUGUUAAAAAAAUAUCUGACCAACCACGUAAAGAGCAAUACACAUAAAAAUAAUGUAAUCAGAAGGGAUAAUGAUUUUUCUAAUGUUCAAUUGAUUGAUAGCGCUUUCGGUAAUAGACUUGUUACAUACAGAGUGAAAUCUAAUUUCAUUUCAGACCAUUUGUUUGAAACACCUGAAUUAUUUUUGAAAAAUAUUACAAGCGUAAUGUAUAAACUACUAGAACGAUCUAUCCUUGAACACUCUGUUGUAAAAGUUAAUUUUAUUCUCAAUGCUAACUUUAUACAAGAAACAAAAAAUCUACGUAAUACUUUUGACUUUCAGAUAUCUAAUUAUCUUUUUUGUCAAGGGGAUGAUAAAGACAUUAUUUUCCCAUCAAUAUUUACCGAAAUAACUAACAAAAUGACAAAUUUUGAAAAAAAGGGUAGUGGAUGGAGUUUAGUUAAAAUAAAUCACUUGGACAUAAAUGUUAACAAAUUUAACCCAUUACGUGGAUCUUCAUAUAUAGAUUUGCCAUUAGAUAUAAAAUAUAAAAAAGCUGUUAUUAAUGUUCAAAAUAAUGAUCAUGAAUGCUUCCGUUGGGCAGUAUUGUCAGGAUUGUAUCCAGCUACUCAUAGCUCCAACAGGGUAUCAUCUUAUAUAACACAAAAAAACAAGUUAAAUUUUGAUAAUAUCUCGUUUCCUGUUAAGAUUAAUGACAUUCAUAAGUUUGAGAAAUUAAAUAAUAUGAGUAUUAAUGUUUUCGGAUUGCAUUAUGAUUCAUUAAACAAAACCAAUAAAAUUGUAGGACCAUUACAUUUCACGAAACAUGGAAAAACGACUCAUUUAAACUUAUUGUACAUAUCUCAAGGUACCAAAGGUCAUUAUUGUUUUAUCAAAAACCUCUCGAGAUUAUUAUCUAAACAAUUAUCAACCUCUGAACAUGUAGUUCAUAUUUGUGAUGGUUGUUUAUUAAAAUUUACAUCAUUAGAUAAUUUAAAACGUCACCAAGAAAAUGACUGUUUUAACGUGUGCACAAAUUUGCCAUCGGAAAACGAUAGAAAAAGAAACUGGUUUAAUGAAUUAAUCCCAUCAAACCAAAUUUCAUUCAAUAACUUUGAACGUAAAUUAAGAGUACCAUUUGUAAUAUAUGCUGACUUUGAAGCAUUCUUAAAUCCAAUAGAGGGCUGUUUUAAUAACCCAAAUCAAUCAUCAACUGCUAAUGUUCAAAAACACGAAAUGUAUAGUUUUGGUUAUUAUAUCAAAUGUUCUUAUAAUGACAAUUUUUCAGUAUAUAGAUCGUAUACCGGAAAGGAUUGCGCACUAAAAUUUAUGCAAUUAAUUAAAAAGAUUUAGAAAAUAUUUGUAAUAAAAAUACUUUUGUUAAAUCUCCAUUACCAUUAAAGGAUGAAGAUAAAAUAAAUAUUAGUCAAAGUGAGUCAUGUUAUAUUUGUAGCAACAAAUUAAACGGAGAUACUACAAUAUCAUAUAAUUUCCACACUGGUGCUUAUGAAGGAGUUGCUCAUGCAUUGUGCUCAAAGAAAUACAAAGCACCUAAUUUUGUUCCAGUAUUUUUCAUAAUUUAAGUAAUUAUGAUGCUCAUUUUAUAGUGCAUGGUCUUAAUUUUGAUGAAGGUGAUAUUGAAGUUAUUCCUGAGAAUAAGGAAAAAUAUAUUUCGUUUUCUAAAGUUUUACAAAUCAAUAAUAGAAUUUUGAAAUUAAGAUUUCUUGACUCUUUUAAAUUUAUGUCCAGUAGUCUUGAUAAAUUAGCUCAGAACUUAUUACCUAAACAAUUUAAUGAACUAAAAAUAAAAUAUCCACAUGAAGAAGAUUUUAAACGUUUAAUAAGAAAAGGUGUUUAUCCAUACGAAUAUAUGACUUCAUUUGAUUCUUUAAAAAUAACCCAUCUUCCUACUCGUGAUAAAUUUUAUAGUUCUUUAAAUGAUAGUCACAUCACAGAAAAUGAUUACCUUCACGCUCAAGAUGUAUGGAAUCAUUUCAAUUGUAAAGACAUGGGUGAUUAUUCCGAUCUUUAU